GUGGUGCACUACGGUGGUUUACGAAAAGAAACGCAAAUGAUCAUUAAAAUUUAUCUUUCCUCCAAAUUGAUAGAGAAAUUUACAUUCUGCGAUCUUUACGGAUUGGUUGAAGAUUUACGCGACGAAAUCAGAUUCACCGUGCUGGACGAUGAGCCGAUACCGGGCUAUACGGAACCGAUUGGGAAGAUUUGCAGCGUAGCCGAUUAUGUCCAGUUUCGAGCGGCCCAGAACGAUAAAACACUCCGAGAACAGCUGGCUAGGGAAGAUAACUUUCUCCGCCUGGCGAUCUCAAACAGCGGCCGUAUCAAGCAUGUGAUGGCCAAGGUAAAAGGCGUCACCAUAGAGUCGUUAAAUAAGCUGCUGAUAAUCUAUGACGAGAAGGGAUUCAACAAUUUGGCAGAGAAUGACUUGACUGCUGUUGACUGUGAUAAUGCGUUAUUGCAUCUGGCACGGUUAAUUAAGGCGACCAAAACGGAACCGGCCGGCAUAGUGGAGAAACUGCAAGCACUGGCAGAGUUUGAUCCGGUGCAGAGGUUUCUUUGUGCUUUACGUCCCAUCGGCAAAGUGAUGGGGAUGAUAUUUCGCAAAACGGCCCUAUACUAUCACUGGUCAGAGUGGGUGGAGUGUGUCCAGCAGAAAGAUCAGAACGCUGUAAAAUGGACGCUGCUGAUGGACAUCGGGUUUGGUGUAGCAGUUUUAAGUUUGAUACUUUGGUUUGGAAACCCUGGUACCCGGUUUAUGCAGUUUGCAGAGGUCAUAGUGGACAGUCUCCUCAAGCUUCUUCAAACUCUUCGAGGCAAUCCGAUUGGGCUGAAACUGAACGGGUCUUUGAACGAGUUUUUCUUCAGCUGUUUCAGCUACCAAGUUGAUCUCUGGUGGAUGUUCUUAAUAAUACUUUCGCCAGCUAUUCAAUUUCUCUUCAUUCCAUUGUCGGUUUUGGGUCUGUUCGGGUUAUCAUUCCAAGUUGCAAUGCUUUCAGAUUUGAUUGUCCUCAUAAGCCUACAUGCGCACUGUUUCUACAUCUAUGUAGCUGUCCUUUAUCGCAUUGAAGUUGGUGGACUGAAAGCUCUGUACCGCACAGUGUUGGGAAAAAAGCACAACGUCCUGCGGGACCGAGUGGAGGCACAUGAUUACAUGAACCGGCAACUAUUCCUUGCCACGCUAUCGUUCACAGUGCUACUCUUUCUGCUUCCAACAAUCCUUUUCUACUACAUCGUGUUUGCAUCGCUCCGAUUCGCAAUAUACUGCCUUUCUUACGGUUUGAUGACGAUCCGUCGAACAAUCUUGCAUUUCCCGUUCAAUGCAAUGAUCCGAUGGGUAAGGGGAGUAUACACCAACUUGGAAAGCUUAGAAAUCUACAACAUCGGCUCGAUUGCGAAGGAAAAUGUUACUAUUACGUACGUAGCGCCAAGGGCAGCCUCGUUUUGGUUUCGCGAUACCAGCACUGAUCCAAUACGUUGGGAGUCCAACCACCAUGCUACGAAAACGGUAGGCCAAUUUUUUACCAGCUUGAUCAAGGGUGAAUUGGUGUCUUCGAUUCAACCGGAUGAGUGGACUGCGCCCAGUGCGAAAACCAAAGAAUAAAACGAACACUAGAAUACAUACGGGAGUUUUGAAUUAAU